AAAAGAAACCCCACAGAAAUGAUGACACAUCAUUCCAAUCAGAAAACAAGCCAAAAAAAUACACAAGAAAAAAGAAAUCAGAGAAUUCCAUUAUUCUCUCCGAACAGCGGCAGCUGUUGUUUCUUCUCCGACACCACCACACCAUCAGAAAACAACGGCGGCGAACAUGGCCGCUGUUCGCCUCCUCCUCCUCCUCCUCUUCAUUUUCUCUCUCCUCACCACCCCUUCUCUCUCCAUCGGCGAAGACAUCCACCUUCUGGAAUUCAAAGAAUCUUUAAAAGAUCCCAUCUCCCUCGAUUCCACCUGGAUCAAAGACACCAAUCCAUGCGACCCCAAGAAACCCUGGGAGGGCGUCGAUUGCAGCGAUACCGCCUUCAAAUCCGUCUCCGCCUUGCUGCUUAUGAACCUCGGCCUCUCCGGCGACGGCGGAGAUCUUGACAUGGACGCGUUAGGAAACCUGGAGUCCCUCCGUAUCAUCAGCCUCGAGAACAACACCUUCUCCGGCGUAUUGCCGGAGUUCAACCGCUUGGGUUCGUUGAAAUCGCUGUUCCUCUCCGGGAACCAGUUCUCCGGCGAGAUCCCACAGGACUUUUUCGACAAAAUGGGAUCCCUGAAAAAGCUCCAUCUCUCCAGAAAUAAAUUCUCCGGCACCAUUCCGGGCUCGUUGACCAGACUUGAUAAUCUGAUGGAACUUUUUCUUCAGCAGAACGAAUUCUCCGGGCCGGUGCCGGUAUUCGGGCAGAAAUCCCUUCAGACAAUCGACCUGUCGGGAAACAAGCUGCAGGGAGAGAUCCCUGAGGGAAUGUCGAGGUUUCCGGCGAAAGCGUUCGACGGAAACCCCGACCUCUGCGGCACCGUCGUUUCCAAGGACUGCGUGGCGCCGGAGAAGAACGCCGGCCAACCCGACGGGUCGGGUUCCGUCACUAAAUGGGUCAUACUCGCCGUGGUUGUGGGGGUUCUGCUGGUGACGAUACUUUUCAAGGCGAAGAAGGAGGACGAGAAUUUCAGGGUGCUCGGGAAAGAGAAUCUCGACGAGGUGGUGCAGGUGCACAUGCCCACCUCCUCCUCCAGCAACAAGCGGAGCGGCAGCUCCACCCGGAGAGGCGGCGGCGGCGGCGGCGGCGGAGGCGGAUACAACGAACCCGGCAGCCAGUCUUCUUCUAGAAGAGGCUCCGGGGGCGGGAAAUCGAACAACGACCUCGUGGUGAUUAACGAGGAGAAGGGAGUAUUCGGGCUGCCGGAUUUGAUGAAGGCGGCGGCGGAGGUUCUCGGCAGCGGCGGCAUGGGUUCCGCCUACAAAGCCAUAAUGGCGAACGGGGUUUCCGUCGUGGUCAAGAGAAUGAGGGACAUGAAUAAGCUGAACAAGGACGCGUUCGAGGCGGAGAUUCGUAGGUUGGGGAGGAUACGCCACCGGAAUAUUCUCCCGCCGCUGGCCUACCAUUACCGGAAGGAAGAGAAGCUUCUCAUCACCGAGUUCAUCCCCAAAGGCAGCUUAUUGUUUCUUCUGCAUGGCGAUCGUGGCAUCGGCCAUGCAGAACUGAACUGGCCGACGCGCCUGAAAAUCAUAAAAGGGGUGGCGCGUGGGAUGGGGUUCCUCCACACGGAGUUCGCAAACUACGAACUCCCGCACGGGAACCUAAAAUCGAGCAACAUCCUUCUCUCCCAAAACUACGAGCCCCUUCUAACGGACUACGCGCUCUACUCGCUAAUCAGCAACACGCAGUCCAUCCAGGCGCUCUUCGCGUACAAAUCCCCCGAGGCGGUGCUCUUCCAGCAGCUCUCCCCGAAGAGCGACGUGUACUGCCUCGGGAUAGUGGUUCUCGAAAUCAUGACGGGGAAAUUCCCGUCGCAGUAUCUAAACAACCAAAAGGGCGGGACCGACGUGGUGCAAUGGGCCGGCCAGGCGAUCUCGGAGGGGAGGGUAUCGGAGCUUAUCGAUCCGGAGAUUGUCAACGGCUCCGAUUCGCUCGAACAAAUGGAGAAAAUGUUGUACAUUGGAACGGAGUGUACGGAGAGCGAUCACGAGAAACGGAUCGAGAUGAGGGAGGCUAUAAGGCAUAUUGAGGAGGUACACGUUUGAGGCUUCAUUGGAUGUGGAAAUUAAAUUGUUUUUUAUUUUUUUAAUUUUUUUUCCAUUGAUGAUGUCAUGUGAUUACUACGCUCUCUGAUGGAAUUAUAUUUGUUUUUUUUAGUGUGUACAGAAAUUGUAUUGUAGAAAGGGGAUACAGAAAAUGACCCUAUAGUUGAACCCUAAUUUUAUUUUUUCUUGUCUUUUUUA